CUCCAUGUUCACUUAUUCUUCAAACAUUGCUUGACGUAAUAGUCUACCCUUCUCAAUCUUCACCUCCUACAACCAAAGUUAUGGAGAAGAGCUUCUAUUCUCUUUGUGGUUCAAUGCUCACUGCUCUUCUGCUUCUUGAAUCAACUCUACUUCCAGGAGUUGAAGGUGAUCUUGGAGUCAACUAUGGUACUUUGGCAGAUGAUCUUCCUCCCCCGACAAAAGUUGCUCAUUUUCUCGUAGAAUCCACCAUUAUCAACCGUGUUAGACUCUUCGAUACGAAUACCGAAGUCUUAGAAGCAUUUGCUAACACUGGGAUUGCACUCACAGUAACUGUCCCUAAUGAUCAAAUCCCUCAACUUACCAAGCUGAGCUAUGCUGAAGAAUGGUUGGAAGCAAACAUCCAACCUUAUGUUCCUGCCACUAAUAUCAUCAGAAUUUUAGUUGGCAAUGAAGUUUUAUCAACUGCAAACAAAUUGCUCAUAGCAAACCUUGUUCCAGCAAUGGAAAAUCUCCACACUGCCCUUGUUGAAGCAUCAUUAGACACUAAAAUCAAAGUCUCUACACCUCAUUCUUUAGGCAUUCUAUCAAAUUCAAGCCCACCAUCCACUGGAAAAUUUCGACAAGGCUAUGAUAUUCAUGUGCUUAAACCAUUGCUUAGCUUUCUCAGAGAUACCAAUUCACCUUUCAUGAUCAACCCAUAUCCAUUUUUCGGCUUCUCAGAAGAUACUCUUGAUUAUGCACUUUUCAGGCCUACUUCUGGAGUGGAGGAUGAAAAUACCAAGCUUGUUUACACAAACAUGUUAGAUGAGCAGAUUGAUGCAGUCUUUUCAGCGAUGAAACUUCUUGGUUUCGCCGAUGUUGAUAUAGUUAUAGCCGAAACAGGGUGGCCUUCCAAGGGAGAUACAUCACAAAUUGGCGUUGAUGAAGAAGCUGCAGCUGAGUACAAUGGAAAUCUCAUGAAGCAUGUAAUGUCUGGUGCUGGAACUCCUCUCCUGCCCAACAGGACAAUUGAGACUUACAUUUUCUCUCUUUUCAAUGAAAAUCUCAAGCCUGGACCUACUUGUGAGAGGAAUUUCGGGUUGUUCCAGCCAAACAUGACGCCUGUGUAUGAUAUCGGAAUCAUCCGGUCCACAGUAGCCGCCGCUGCCACCUCUAACCACCAUCUUACAUAUUUGUUAAUCGUUUCUGUCGGCCUUCACAUUCUCAAUAAUCAUGGUGAAACUAUAUGCUUUUAUAAUAUUCAAGUGCAUCUAAUGUUUUAUAUGUGUCUACGUGUUACUAUUAUUUGACUGGUUGGUUAAUUUUGAUCUUGACAGGCUAGUGCAUCAAUUUCUGGGUACCUGAUCCCAGAGCCGCCGGUGGUUCCACCGGUAACUCCAUAGCAUGCAGUGCAGCUACAGCUGAGGUAACGUCCGUGGCUUCUGAAACAGGUGCAUAUGUGGCAGCUCUGCAGAGAAAUAUUGAUUGUGUGUAGUGGGGUGGGAGUGGACUGUGGAUCCAUUGAAGUACGUGGUGAAUGAAUUUUGCCCAGCGCAUUUAGGGCUGAUGCAUUCAUGCAUACUUUGAAUCCAUGGGAAGGAGAAUGAUUGCGACUGCAAUUUUGGACAAUGGAAUCAUCAGCAAACUUGGAUCCAGUUGCUUGCAGAUGGGAGCACAUUAACAAUAUAGGACAAGAGAGAGAAGGGAUAGCUUGCCAUUCAUUGGAUUCUGUAUCAAUCUUCGGUAGUCUAACAAUUCAAGCUUUUGUAAAGCGAUGGAAAACUGUUUUAGACCAAAGGGUGUUUUAGUUUUGUUGAUUGCAGAAAUUUUUACCUUAA